GUGUCUUCCUCUCGGCAGCCGCCGCCGUGUUGAUGUUCGUGUAGUGCACUGUUGAUGUUUUGGCUCAGUUGGAGAGGCGUGACGUUUAAUGGUAGAUUUACACAGAGGACGUUUGCCUUCUUCCUUUCUUUCGCUGCAGUUUACCUCUAAAACAGCUGGCUGAGAGAUGUCCGACAGCUCCAGUGACACGGAGUCGUCCUGUGGAUGGACAGUCAUUAGUAAUGAGGGUUCAGAUAUUGAAAAUCUGGGGCCGGAUAACGCCGGAGAGUGUGAGGAUGAAGCGGUUGGCCACACUCUGGACGUACCUGAUGCCAAGCAAGGUGAGGAGAGUUUGAGAGAGUCCUCACUAGACCUCACACUGAGAGAGGAGGCGGAACCGGCCCGAGAGGCGGGUGGAGAAGAACAUGUGAUCCUUUGCUCCUCCAGUGAGAACUCUGACAUCAUCACCCUGGCGGACUCUCAGGAGGCGGAGAUUGACACGUGGGUGGAGCCUGUAGCUAAGGAGGCGGAGGAGGAAGCAGGAAGUGAGGAGCUCUAUCUCGGAAGCUCGUCGAGCAGCCAGUACACGUUUAGAGAGUCGGAGACAACAGCAGACUGGUGUUGGAGCAGAUGGGGAUUUUCCAGGACGCUGUGGGAAUAUGGCAGCCAUCUGCACAGCUCUCUCUCUCUCUCAGUUUUCCCAGCGGAUCAGCCCGUGCAGCGAGACGGCGGUAACAGCAGCAGUGAGGAUGAGGAUGAGGAGGGUGAGGUGAAGGCCAGUCCUGUGGUGAGGAGACGCAGAGUGAGGAGGAGCACCGCCGGCUCAGAGCCUGGAGACCCCCAGGAGCCCCACAGGAGACAGCAGGAGGCUGUUGAGGGGCUAGCAGUCCAUCCGGAGGGCCGUGCUGCUCGGCAGAAUCAGGGUCCCGUCAGCGGCACCCUGAACAAAUGCAUCCUGCUAGCACUGCUCAUCGCCAUCAGCAUGGGCUUCGGACACUUCUACGGCACAGUCCAGAUUCAGGAGAGGCAGAGGAUCGUGGAAAAGAGUCGCGUGAAUGAGCUGGAAGCGCCGUGUAAGAGAGAGCUGGAUGUUGUAAGUAAGGCCCAAAGACAAGAUUUAUACGUGCAGCUGACGCAAACCAAAAGCCAAAUGGAGUCUCGGCAGAAAGACCUGACCACGGAGAACCAGCAUCUUAAAGUCACUCUGGAGCGAGGAGAGGCGUCUCUGUCGGCUCUGCAGGAGGAGCUGCGGUCCCUGCGGGGACAGAUACGAGAGUUAGAGGAGCGAGGAGCCGGGGCCGACUCCAUCCUCUCCCAAAACGAGCGACUGAAGGGCCACCUACAGGAGGAGAAACAGAAAGCACGCAGCUUCAUGAGCCAACGGGAAGCGCUGAUGGCCGAAGCCCAGGAGCUGCGGAAAGAGCUCGAUAAGGAACGGAAAGUGACAGACAAGCUGAAGGAGGAACUGGAGGAAAUGAGGAAAGAGGAGGACAUCGAGAGCAAGACGGAUCCCGAGACCGAAGACCUGCAGGCGCGACUGCAGGAGCUCGAGAACAAGUUGAAGUUCGAGCAGCAGCGCUCCGAUCUUUGGGAGAGACUGUACGUGGAGUCGAAGGAGGAGAGAGCGAAGGGCGACCGGGACAUGAAGACCAAGAUUCCCAAGGAUGGGAUGCUGGGAAAAGUGAAGGAAACCUUCGACGCGGUGAAGAACUCCACUAAGGAGUUUGUGCACCAUCACAAGGAGCAGAUCAAGAAAGCCAAAGAGGCGGUGAAGGAAAACCUCCGGAAGUUUUCCGACUCCGUUAAAUCGACGUUCAGGCAUUUUAAAGACUCGGCUUCGAACGUCUUCAGGCAUCCGAAGAAAUUUCACGACGCCAAACCCGAGCAUCACACGUUUCGGCAGGAGCACGGAAACAAGCGCGCCGAAGACUGGCAGGCGCAGAAACCUUUACACCGACAUCCUCGCAAAUCGACCAGCGACUCCGUUCACGCCGAUCGCAACACGCGCAAACCCGGCGCUCAGAGAGACCACAGCACCACGGGACAGAAGACGCCGCCCAAAGGCUGUUCGGGAGUGUUCGACUGCGCCUAUCAGGAGUCCAUGAGUCUGUUCAACAAGGCCAUGGAUCCCAUCCCGCGCCGACGAGUUAACGAGCUCCUGCGCAGCUAUUUGCAUAAAGAAGUGGGGCAUUUCCACCACUGGAGGGAGCUGGAGAGCUUCAUCGAUAAUUUCUUCCAUUCCCUUCUUAACGGCGUCUUCAUUCACGACCAGAUGCUGUUUACGGACUUCGUCAGCGGCGUUGAGGAUUACCUCGAGGAAAUGGACGAAUAUCACAGCCUCAGCGACGACGUGUUCGAGGAUCUGGACGACUACAUAUACCGCCACAUAUUUGGAGAUACCUAUUUAAAAUACUUUGGGCCGAGUCGACCCUUCCAAGGGCCGGGGUCGAAGGGCAAGGCGUGGCGUCACUGUCAGCGGCAACAGAGGAAGCAACAUCAGCCUCGGCCUCGCCCUCAGAGAGCCAAGAAAUGGAGCCAAUCAGGACGCGACCCCAACCGACAGUUCGCGGAUGUCAAAAUAGAGCUGGGUCCCAUGCCCUUCGAUCCCAAAUAUUAGAAGAAACAUUUCAGUACUUCUUAAUAUUGCUCCUAAUUUGUUUGUUUUGUCCUGGAGAAGGUUUUUUUUUUGCACAGUGAAUGUUGAAUGAUUUCUAGUGUGUUUCUCUUUCUGCACUGCGGUGCAUCCAAACUGCACUUUUUAGCAGAUUAGAAUUAAUUCUAGGUAUUUUUAAGGCAUAUUUAUGUUCCCCAUUCCCUGAAGUUAUGCAAAAAGAAUUGGAAAUUAAUUACUUACCUAAAAAAAAAAAAAAAAAAAAAAGCACUUUAUUUUGUUGAAUUUAAAUUAAUUAUGAAUGUUUCUAAACAAAAAAACUUGAUCAUAAAACUAGAUCAGAACAGAAAUGUAUGUUUCAUUUUGCUUAGGACCAAAUAACCAAUACCAAAAUACAUGAUAUUGAAAUUAUUUUCAUCUGAAAAGUUCAGUAGAUUUAAAAGAUUGUUGAAAACAUUGAUCUUUAAUAUAAAAAAUAACUUUGAAGUAAUCUGGUUUGACGAGUUUCUGCCGUAGCGGUUUUAUUUGAACAUGCACAUCUGUAGAAGGUAUGAUUUAAGAUUUAGUUUCACUAUUUUCCCCUCUUUUUCUUGUCUGUGUGGCUGUCGGCUUAAUUACAUUCCUUGUUUGGAAACGAUUUAAUGUAAUUGCACACAAAUGCACCUAAGCUGCUUAAUGUUGCACUUAAAGUCUAGAAUAAAAGUCUUUCACUGCUUCACUGA